GCCAAGAAGAGGACUUCAACCCUUGCUCCAACGACAGCCUCCUGGACGACACUCCCAGUCAACAACUCUUUAAUCACCACCCCUCUCCCAUAUUAUCGCGCCAACACUUAAGUCCCAACGACACACUCUGGCUCCGCUGACCAAUCACGAUCUUUCUCUUUCUAUAGACCCCGAGAGCCCUUCCCCCAGGCCUCCUCCCACCACCCAAGGUAAAGCUGGAAUGGGCUGACAGCGGCUCACGGUGGCACAUCAGCUACAAUUGCUCACCCUCUGUCUGUAGGGCCGAAAGACGUGGGGCCUUGAACCUGGAGACCCAGAAAGACUCCAGCAGUCAUUCCAGCUCGCCUGUCUCCGUGUUGCGAAGACACAGUUGCAGUAAAGGUGGACAGACUUUAGGAAUCACUUAGUCCAGACCAUUCACAUUGCACGGGAUGAUCAUACGAUUGCCUCCUUUCUGUCUUUGAUGGGGGAAUUAGGGUCAACCCAAGCAGGUUCAGGGCUUGCUGCUGCCAUGCCCCUUAAUCCUGGCGUUGCUGAGCAAGGGCUCCCAUCCCAGCCCCGCUGAUCCAGUCAGCUGUCAGCUGUGAGUUACUAUGGCGGAGGAGGAAGGCGAUGUGGCUGAGGAGGAUGUGUUCCUGGCGUUUGCCAGGCGUCCUUGUCCUCCCAGAGGUCCCCUGCGUCGGGCCUUGGACAAGGCCUUCUUUAUCUUCCUGGUCCUCUUCCUGAUGCUACUGACGCUGGAGGCUGUUUAUAAGCUGCUGUGGCUGCUACCGUGGGCAAAGUUUGGGGACUGGCUCCUGAGAACAGCUCAGAAGGAGGAGGAGCUGGAAUUGUGACCACCUUUCCUAUAAACAUUGUCUUCCCCUGUGACAGAGGUGAGAGGUGGGGACAAG